GUGUGUAACCAUGGCUUUUUAUGGUAUGUUUCCUCCAGAACAAACCUUUGGUGAAGUGAAUCAACUUGGUGGUGUCUUCGUCAAUGGACGUCCUCUUCCCAACGCCAUCAGACUCCGCAUCGUCGAACUCGCUCAGUUGGGGAUUCGACCCUGUGAUAUCAGCCGCCAGCUCCGUGUUUCCCAUGGUUGUGUCUCCAAGAUCCUGGCCCGUUAUAACGAGACUGGCUCCAUCCUACCAGGAGCAAUUGGUGGUUCUAAGCCCCGGGUCACCACUCCCAAUGUGGUUAAGAAGAUCCGUGAAUACAAGCAGCGUGAUCCAGGUAUCUUUGCUUGGGAGAUACGUGAUAAACUCUUAGCUGAGGGAGUCUGUGACAAGUACAAUGUUCCUUCAGUCAGCUCCAUCAGCAGGAUUCUCAGAAACAAGAUAGGAAACAACACUUUGUCUCAUCUUCAGCAUCACCCAUAUGAUCCUACCAAGGAUUCCCAUCGUUCAUUCUAUAACACUGCCCUGUAUCCCUAUCCUUGUGCCCCUGCACCUGCUGGAACCACUGCUUCUAAAGUAGCAGCGGCAGCAGCAGCAGCAGCUAACUCCUGUGCGAUGAGAUCAUGGCCAUCAUCACAUACUGUCAAUGAUAUCCUUGGAUUCAGACAUCUAGGAGCUGGAGACCACUCAGAUUGA